CGCCGUUCGUUCGACAACGUGGCUCGGAAGUACUGUGUCCCGUCGAUCCAGAUGAGUCGUCCAGGACGACGUGGAUGACGACGUCGACGACAAUGCCUCCACUCGUCCGAUUUCGCGCAACGUGGUCCAACCUGAUCGCCCAGGAACGCCGAUAGAAGCGUGCCUCGAUUGCGAUCGAUGAUCGUCCCAGUGGAAUCCACAGGUAUCCCAGUGGUGUCCCCGUUCGUCGUGCUCCAACUUACGCCCGUCCAUUCGAAGAUGAAGCCUUUGCUUCCUAUGUGAACUCUAUCCACCGAGUCAUUCGUUCGUUAACGCGUGUGAAACUGCUUCGAGUGCUUUUGUGCGAGGAUCGAUAAGGUUUCACGUCGAGAUGGAUCGAGACUGGCAUGGAUAGAUGAAUCACGAUACAGAAUAGUAAAAGGAAACGCGAGAGAGGCGUCGGUCCAAACGCAGGACUUUACGCGAGACAGAAAAUAAUGUCGAUUGUUCUCGACUCCGUGGAUCGAAUGGAUAGCACGACGGACGUUUGCGGAUCCCUUUCGAUCGAAGGAUUCCUAGCAUUCGGCGUCCUAGUGGUAAAUUUCCUGCCAGGAGAUUCGACAUCGAUCGAAGAAUUGGUCGAAGGUCGACUGGUUCGGAUUUAACUGGCAUCUGAUGAAAGUGUCCGGUGUCGUCUGCCUCGAUCGUUUAAUCGGUGGACCGGGGAGGUACCGAGGGAUCCAGUUGAAAAGUCGGGGAUCCCUUGAUUCGAACGACUCAGUGGGAAACGUAAUAAACCGUGACAGCACAAUGCUGGCCGCUUUGGACUGAGCACAAUGACAAGGGAGGUUUUUGAUCUCGUUGCAAAAUAUUGAAUCGAUCUAGUACCGGUGAAUGGCAGGGCUUAGGACGACUUCCGUGUAUUCUAUGGUUGGGUCACGGUGCCGGGGAUCAUCCCCCUGACACACACGCAGCCAUACAGGGCGGAAUCGAGAUUGAAAGAGACAGAGACGCACACUCGAUACGUCGAUCUUGCGCAGAAUAUGAGGAUGGCACGAGGAGAACUUGGCGACAAACGCGUGACACCAUGAGGAAAUUGUCGAGUGAAUCCACGUCGAUUCCGGAUUACACUUUGACCUACUGGAUUCUCAGGUGUCGACGAACUCGACGCCCUCACUGAAGCAAGCAGAACGGAACGAUCCACAAGAACGUUUAGUGAUCGUAAUUUUGUGGCCAAACGGAUCGUUCGGAAUUCGAGGAAGAGGAUCAUGGGCGAACCUUUCAACGGAAAUGAGUGGUCAAACAGAUUCUCAGCAGGGGAUUUCAAUGAUACGCGUCUGAGCUAGGGGCAGGCGUUCUGCGCGAUCGGCGAAAGGGCCAGCCAGGACGCAGCACCUCGUUUCUUGCGUACACGGAGGAUCAAGGGACCUUAUCGCGCGCGGAACAGCGCACCAGAGGCAGCGAGGCCGAGAGGAAAAACGCUCGGACGCAGGUAUCUGGAUAACGGCCAUGAGAAUGCCAGAGAAAAUCGAGGGAACGGAUUUCCAGCCAGGACGUCUGAAGAUCUCGUAAUUGGCCAGCAGUCGUCCAGGAACGGAUUCGAGAACGGUCGAUGAUCGAAAUGGAGACCAGGACGAACGAGUCCCUGUCUCUGGUCGGAUCCAUCGUGAGGAACCUGUCGCUGAACCAGACGCGACACCCGGACCAAUUGUUCUCCGUGGCUGCCACCGUACGAGAUGACGAGAGCAUUCUCUCGAGAAACGACGUUGAAGCGUCGUCCAGAGGCGUCGAGACGGGCUGGUUCAACGACUCCAACACUGGUUCGACGUUCUCCGAUUCUUGGUUCGGCGUGUCGUCGUCGCCAUUCUCGUCGUCGUCACCCAGCUCCGACAAUUACACCGGUAUAUCCGACCUGUUCGUGUUCGAAGACCUGAACGAUUACAUUAAUCAGCUGAACGCUUUCGUUAAUUUGAGCUACGCUGGCGUGGCAACCGAUUUGAACUUGAACGGAACCGUGAACUGCACGUCCUCGAUAGUCUCGGGUACAGCAGCAGAUGUGGUUAGAGCAGCAAAGUGCGAAGGUGACGUUGACGAGAAACCGGACCCUAACAGCUGGUGGGCUCUGAUCCUCGUGAUCGUGCCUUGCUUGACUCUGUUCGGCAACGUGCUGGUCAUCCUCGCCGUGGUUCGAGAGAGGGCCUUGCAAACCGUCACCAACUACUUCAUCGUCAGCCUGGCUGUCGCCGAUCUGCUGGUCGCCGUGCUCGUCAUGCCGUUUGCCGUCUACGUUCUGGUAAACGGAUCUUGGAGCCUGCCAGGGUUUGUGUGCGAUUUUUACAUCGCGAUGGACGUCACGUGCAGCACCAGUUCCAUCUUCAAUCUCGUAGCCAUCUCCAUAGACAGAUACAUCGCGGUGACCCAACCGAUAAAGUACGCCAAGCACAAGAACAAUAGAAGAGUUUGGAUGACGAUACUGUUGGUCUGGGCGAUAUCGGCCGCGAUCGGCAGCCCGAUUGUUCUCGGCUUGAAUAACACUCCUGACCGAAUACCGGACCAAUGCCUCUUCUACAAUACAGACUUUAUCAUCUACUCGAGCCUAUCCAGCUUCUACAUACCCUGCAUUAUUAUGGUGUUCCUCUAUUACAACAUAUUCAAGGCGUUGCGGAACAGAGCGAGGAAAGCGAGGGCCAACAGAAAACCGAACCUGGGCGAUAUAAAACCCGGCAGCAUAAUCGAGAACAUCGCCAAUACGCGCAGUGGGUAUUCUGUGGCAAGGUUUGCGGAGACCGCGCUGGGAGCAGCAGCCCUCGUGGCUCCCGGCAUGGAAGAACCGACGAACACCGCGUCUGGGAGCAACGAAGACGAAGACGAGACACCCCUUGAUCCCGUCGUGGUCAUCUCGAACGACAAGAGCACGGAGUUCUUUUUAGCCACGGUCGUCGAGGAAGCAGCUUGUCGUUUCAGUGCAGUGGCUCAAGCGCAGCUGGGAACUCAGAGCGUCAGGAAAGAUUCCGGGUACGACGGUGCUGCGAGCAGCAUGGUGGUUCAGGACCCACUGGAAGCGAACUCCAGUCCUAGCCCGAAUCCACGAGGUACCUCGGCACCGUCCUCUUCCACGUCCUCCUCCCCGCCACCUAGAGGUCCGGCUCCGAGCUCCAGCUCUCAGACCAAGAAGGACGGCGCCGAGACGAACAAGCAGGAACUUAAGAGGCUCAAGAGUACCGGUACCCUUCUACCUCUUCAGCUUGGCCGGACUCCGAGCGUCUUGUCUGGUUCGUCCACCUGUAAGAAGGAUAAGAAAAACGCGGCCUCAGGCUCGAGGUUCACGAUAUACAAGGCUAACAAGGCCAGCAAGAAGAAGAGGGAAAAAAGCUCGGCGAAAAAGGAGCGCAAGGCCACGAAGACGCUGGCCAUCGUUCUUGGUGUGUUCUUGAUCUGUUGGCUACCGUUCUUCACCUGCAACAUUAUGGACGCGCUUUGCACGAAGCUCGAGGCUACCUGUCAACCGGGCGUCACAGCUUUCAUCGUGACCUCUUGGCUGGGAUACAUGAACAGUUUCGUGAAUCCCGUCAUCUACACUGUGUUCAAUCCCGAAUUUCGCAAAGCCUUCCACAAGCUGGUCAGCUUUUAAACGGGCGAUUCCGUUCACAAUUGCGUUUGUCUUGGAACAGGGAGAAUCGACAAGGCACUGGACAAUCGAACAGCUCAACAUUUGUCCCGGCAAAAGAGAAUCAGACGACCGGUAAUACUCUCUACGCAGGCGCAUCCAUCCGUCACGCGUCACUGUUCGAGUCCCUGGCGAUGUCAAAUCAAAGGUAACGUGCGUCAAUGUUAAAGCUGAAUUACCAAACGAAUACUUAGACUAAUUAGUCCGAUAAAAGGAGCAUCACGGUAUUAGGCACGCGAUAACGUGGAUAAAAUGUCAAAUGGAACAGUCACAUGUAUUUUUACCAUGACACGACUUUUCAAUGUUAUUUGUCUGGUAAAUAAUUUUCUGUUAAUUGCAUCUGUUGAUACAUUUUCGCCUUCCUCGAAAAACUUCGAGUAGUGUCAUCCUCGAAAUACAUGUACGAUGAGAACAUCGCCCGAGCGGAUUUGUCCGAGGUAGCGAACAUGGCGUUAAAACGCAAGGGUGAUGGAGCGUGUAAUCGACGAGCGAGCACACGUUGUAGAUAUUAUACUUCGUUGGAUAUUAAAUAUGCCGUGGCAGUAUUACCGUAGCUCGUAAGAUAUAGCAAUAUUGUUUGGCUCAAAGCAAAAGAACCGAGGACGCCAGUUCUACGAUGAACUGUUCCACGACCUGUACAUUCGCGAAUGCGAUUCACUGUACUUAUAUCGGGUACUUUGAAGUAGAGGAGGGCUUGACGACAUUGUUAUUUAUAAAAUAUCGAUUAAGUAAAAUUUAUUUAAUCGAAAAAGAAUUACGUAAAGUUACGUUUAUUCACGCAAACUUCGUCAUUUUUCGUUGCGUACGUUUUAACCCCAAUUUUAUAAACAAUUUCAUUCGAUGAGUUAUCGACAAACGAAAAGCCUGUCUCUAGUUCGAAGUACCGUCUUCUUCGAAACGAUUCUAUUGCCAUUUCGCCAGUCGAGCCGCCUGCAAUCGAAGUGCACGGCAGAUCGAAGUGCAAGUUUCCUGGAUUCUCGGGUCGCGAAACAUGAGCUUUUCGCCAACUUUGCAAAUCAACACGGAGACUGAGGGAUCGGAAACUGUGUUCUAUGGUCUUUUAGAACCCACCCCCGCGCGGAGAAGGAACAGAAGUUUCACUCGUCGAACACGUCCGAUACACUCCGUAACCAUUUCAACUUUCGCGCACUCAAAUCUUUUCCAUCCUUCAACGCGAAACCGUCCCAGAAUAGCGUAGCUCGAGUUACUUAUUUCCCGGACCAUUUGAAUUCAAACUUUUCUCGAUAUAUUCAAUUCGAGGAAACUUUUAAGAAGAUCCGCUUUAUCCCUGUUUUCCUUCAGUGCCGCUUAAGGACAAACACCGCAGUCACGAUUUCAUAAAAUCAAUUUUCCCUUUCGUGUUCUUACUAUCCAACCUUGCAUAGAAGUGAAACCACUAAUCUGAUUGACUUGAAGAUUCAACUGUAUAAUGUUCUCGCUGUAUGUACAAAAUUUCGUUUUAGACAAUCUGAAAAAGAUCGAUGUCUUUUAAAGCAACGUGGAAAGGUGGUGCUUGCUGUCAAUCAUUUCCGCGUUACGUCGCCGUCGGUUCGAGCCUCGAUCAGAAUUUAUGUACCGCGUAUUGCGCGUUAACUGCUUCGAGCGUUCCCGUCCAACACCGAGGAAACGAAAAUCGAUAUACGAGAAAGGCGUCCCCGCUCGUUUUUGCCUGUGCUACGAACAGCGCAGAGGAAUUCUCCCGCGAAGAUAAACAUUGUACGUGCAUGACCCGUUCGACGAAGCAGACAACAGGACACGAACGACGCAUCGGAAAUACCUGUAUCGAACGUAUCGAUACCGUGCAGUGCCGCGCUUCUUGUUCCAUCGCCGCGAGGGACCACGAAGUCUCCCACGAGCGAAUUUUCAAACAUAUCAGUAAGAGUACGAGACACGAUACCUGUCCGUACAUUGGCAUCCGAAACGCGUCUACACUGUCACACGUGUACCAGGGCGCGCGAAACGUGGAAGGGAAACGAUAUUUCUAAACCUUCGAAACAAAUAGGACAAACGUACCAAUAAUAAACGUUAAGGAAAAUGUAAUGUUACAUCGUCCAUAUUAACAUCGUAUAAGAUUCUCGAUUUACUGAGAACGAUCACGAAGAGUUUGCGUUUUCACGUCUGUGCUUUUUUAUGGUCCGAUCGUCGCCAAGGAAAGUAAAUAAAAUGAGACUCGAUGGGCUUAACGCUCUUUCUACUUCCCUUUCCCGGCAAAACCAGCAAAAUCGUGCAGUCUCUUCUUAGUGUCGAGACAGAGUAAAUAUAGCCGGGAGGCGUACCGCCCGACUUCUUUGAUACGAUGAAGUUCCUUUUUCCGUUCGAUUCGCUCAUACGAUACUUGAGACGGAUUUCUAGCAAAAUAAAUACCGAGUCUUCAGCGGAUAAUGUCUUCGCAGCGGCGAAACUAACUCUGGAGUUUAAUAACACGGAAAGUGUCGACCACUGGCGGCUCAUUGCCGAUUGGUACGUUUACCCUAGUUUGAGCAAUUGAACGAACAAGCGUUUCGCGUGACCCGCGCUGUCGCAAUAACGUCUACAAUCAAAGCUUUUUACUCUGUAUGGGUUCUACGAACACGUUCUAUCACGUAGUCGUAAGCUUCCAAUGUAUAUUUGUAAAUAAUCGUAGAGUAGAGAUUAACGAAUUAUCAUUCGAGCCGCAGCGAUUGGCGCUAAAGAGAUCCUAGGUACACCGCAAUUACUAACAAAACACUAAAGGUAACGAUAGAGAGUGUAUCGCUAAACGCUAGGCAGAACAAUAGGGAAACUUCUUCUCGAUGAAUUGUGAUAAAGCUACCUUUUACUGAAACUGUGCGUUACGUCGUAGUUCGUUUCGGAGUGAGAGAUCCUGAUUACUUCCUUUCGCUCUUCGAGGUUUUUUCACACGGAAACGUGGCUGUCAGUGAACAGGUGUUAAAUUUGCGUUACACGAUGCAGGAUCCUUUAUAGUUCUAUAAAACGUUUAUGUGACAUACCUGUAAUUCUCACGAUAUGAGAACCCGUUGAGUAUGAAAUUAUUAUCGUUUGAAAAUUAAUGUUCUCGUUUUUACAGCUCGAAAAUCACAUGAUGUCAAAAGAAAUUGUAAUACUAGUGAACGUCGUCUAAGUGAUACUUGAUGGGUUUCGUAAAGAAUUAUGAAAAUCCGUUUAGUUUUGCGCGAUAAAUCCACUGUCGACCGACUGCAAACUUUAUACUUUCGCGGUAUUUAACUCUUGUUUCCGAAGAAAGCCCGGUGUAAUGGUCGAAACGCUUAACUAAUGACGACAAUUUGUCAUUGCUGCGAAAAUUGCUCUUAGAACGAACGUAUAUACCCGAUGUCUACAAUUGCCGUACCAAUUAGGAGGAAUGAAAGACUAGCGAAAAGAAGAAUUACUGUCUCAUUUAUACGCUUCCGCAACGCCGUAAGGAACUUUUCACUCCCGUUAUUCCAGCCAGUGACGUUUUAAACGUGCUCCGAUUCGCGGUAGAUCGCGCCAGGUGCCAUUUUACGCUGUCGCGAGAUAAAGGAACCAGCCAGAGAUUAUUAAUUGGCGAAGUUCUCGAGCUUCGCCCUCGAUCGUUAACGGGGAAGCGAAAGUUCUUAGGGGCAAGGCCGGAAACACGGAAACGAUUGUCGAAUUUUUUCGCUCGCGAACGAACCUUUGAACCGAAACCAGAAGUACCAUAUUGCCAUUAGCGUCUUCACCCUCCCGUACGCCAAUCCUUUUUGUUUCAUUUCACCGAAACGCGAUAAGAAAAUUAAUGAGUCUUGCGAAAUUGGAGCAACCGAAAACGCGUUUUAUCCAUUAGUUUAUUGCUUCCCCUUUAAUUAUGUUCUAGAAAAAAGCCUCACAUGGAAAGCUUUUAUUUUACGUCUCUUACCAACCUCCCUGUGUAAUAUAGGUCAGAAGUCGCGUAAAAUCGGCAACUACCCCAGGUCUAGCUGCAAAACGUAAUUUAGCCGAAGCGUGCUUCCGCGACGAGCGAAAGUCGACAAAGCCUAGCAUUUUACACAGUGCUGAUUUGUAGUAUUAAUUCUACAUCUUCAUACAACAAUUGUUUUUGUAAUUUUAAUUACGUAUACAAAGUAGGAUCCACCGAUGCCUACCAAUCCAUCAGAAAGCCGAAAAUUUGUUGUUGUUUAUUAAUAUUUAAUUGCAAAUGAGUAACUGCCAGCUAACGAUUCUUCUCAUUUACGGCGUUAGAAAGUAUCGAGAGAAGUUCGUGUUCGAGACAACUUCCAGUGAGACAAUUGUUUCUUAAUGUUCGAAGAAGUUCUUCAGAAAUUUGCAGAUCGAUUCGUUGACAAUUAAUUGAAAUAUAGUAUUUCUUCUCUAAAUUUCUGAAAAACUUCUUCGAACGUUAAGGAACAAUUGUCUCACUGGAAGUUGUCUCAAUGCGAACUUCUUUCGAUACUUUUUAACGCUGAAAAUGAAACUCCUGCGUAAAAUCGGUGUAUUUUUCUAACCUGGAUACGUUCCCUUCUCUGUAUAUAGAUAUGUAUGUACAUGAUAAACGUAUGCAAUGUACCUGUACACUAUCUAUGGGACGAGUAUGGUGUGGCGCUGUACAUCUGUGUAAAUACAUAUAUAUUUAGUCGACGAAGAAUGCGAGCGAACAUGAAUGCCUGCAGGAGGCUCGAGGAAAAUUCGCCGGAAUUCUGAAACGAACCCCGUAUCACGCGAGGUUGGAUUCCACCUCUGCGAGACGGGAGAAACAAAGGAGAUUCGUGAAACAAAUAAUUGAUCGAAGCGUAACGGCUAAAGUGUCCAGUGGAGAGUGUGUGUCGCUCUGGGUGCGAGAGAACUAUGUUUUUCCUAUGGAUUUCUUAAUUAUUACUACGAAUGGUCUAUACAGGGCAUAGAUGUAAGCGGUGAAUCUUUAAUUUGCCGAGACUAACGAUAAGCGAGAUGAAACGAAACAAAGAAACAAAAAUGAAUGUCUAAAAUGCUGUAUGUACCGAUGGCAAUACUAAUACAUGUUCACACGCGAAACACGGACACGAUCAUUCAGAGACACGACAAACCGAACACACGGACACUUGUUAAAAUUAAUAAAAUAUAGUAUAAAUUAACGACGGCUUUUCAUUCUACGUGUCCCGAGUGAAGGUAAGUUUAUAGCA